UGACCUGAGUAAAAGAAAACCAUAUUUAGGACAUUCCCCUCCUUGAACAAAACUACAAUUUGCAAAAUCAUCAGUGACAGGUAAUGGCGACUGAUGAUUCAGUCCUGGUGAUGUUUUGGGCCAAAUUCCAGAAGCCGAUGUAUACUCAGAAGGGGCAGGGAGAAGAUUUGCAUUUGUGACUCCAUCUAGGAGCUGUGGCAUAUAAACAAGAGGUGAGUUGUCAGUUUUGCCCAAUUCCAGGCCGAGCACUUUCUAAACAAAUCAAGACCAUGGCAGUCCUCCAUGCCAUACUGUUGCAGCCACUGGGGCUGUUUCUGUGCCUCAGUCUCCAGCUUUCUUCCGCCAUCUUCAUAAGGUUCAGUAACAACUGCUUCAGCUUUAAUGAGUACUAUGCCGUCACCCUAAGCAUCAAGGCCAGUUCGUAUAUCUACGAAAGCAACACAGUCUAUUCUGUAUUCGUUCCUGUGGAUGACCGCGUCUAUGCUGUGGUCAUGAAAGCCUUGAACAAGAAGGGUGACUCAGUGGGCCUCUGGCGAAGAGCAGAUGAAAAUUGCCACAGCAACUCCACGUAUUACAUGAAAGAUCAAUACAUGACAGUCUUUGAGGCACAGUGGCAAUCUCCUGAAUCUGCGAACAUAACUGAAGUGGAGAUACAAGCUUUCACUGUCACUGCUGAUACCAGAGCCCUGCCUGUACUUUCUACUCUGAAACUGACAGGAAAAGUGUCAAUCGUACCCUUACCUGCCAAGAUUCUCCAGAGCUCAGUCUUCAAGCCUUUCUCUGUGAUUAUACCUGAGAAUAUCGGAAUCAACAGCCUGGCCAACCGAGUCUUCAGCAGCCCCAUCACAGAUGCCAUUGAUAUCCUGCUUGCUUUUCUCACCAGCAAACUUCUCUUCUAAAGGGAAACUAGGAAAACUGUUUCUGCCUCCACUGCAUUCUCUUACAUUCAGUUCCAAGCCAGUGCUGGGAUAUGUGUGUAAAUGAAGGCUUUACAUUCUCAAAUGUGCAAGUCUACUGCCUCUGCUUCAGACCAAAAUGAAGACCUGGAGGCAUUCAUUGGCAGGCUUGGGUCACACAGAUGUUCAUCUGGAUCUUUCAGGAUACAUAUUACACUUUUUGUAAACAUUUAGAUCUGGCCAGAAUGUAGUCACCUAGAGUUCUCCCUAUCAGUUUAACAAGUUGGCAGCCAAUUCCACAGCCAAUCUCAACUUUUGUUCAUUGCCAAAUUAUUCCCCUGCAUCCCCAGAGUUUCUGUGGGAAGGAUCCUUCCUUCUUUCAAGAUGAUCUCAGAUUUCUGACCAAACCUACUCAGGUUACAGGGAACUUCUGUGACUCAAGAAGGAAAGGAGAAAGAAAAAAUAGUUCUGAGCUUCCCAUUUGUCCACACCAGUAGGUUUUGAAGGGCAAGAGAAGAGGAAUGAAGCAUGUCUGAGCAGCCAAUACAGAAAAAAAAAAAAAAAAAGAUGCUAAAAAGGCAUUUUUGUCACAACAAAUAAAUUAUACUUUAAACAAGAAUAAUG